UCAAACAAAACUAACUGUUGUAACUAUAAUAAACGCCCCUCUUUUCCCUCCUAUUUACCGACCAUGCCAUCCCGUCCUCCACCAUCUUCGCCACCCAACUACCACCACCACCACCGCCGUAUCCUCGUACCACUGAUAACCGUAUCCUUAACGCUAACUCUCGUCUCCCUCGUCGUCUUCCUUGUCUUCCUCUACCGCAAGCUGUCCUACAACCGCACAACCCCAUUCGAUCACCACCACAGCAGCGCCACCACCACGCCCACCGCCACACCCAGCAAGAAGAGGGACAACAACCAUCGGUUCUCGUACACUCUACUCCGGCGAGCCACCGGCUUGUUCUCGGCGUCGAACCGGCUGGGCCAUGGCGGAUUCGGCUCGGUCUACAAAGCCUCACUCCCCUCCGGCCAAUCCCUCGCCGUGAAGCUCAUGGACUCCAAUGGCUCUCUCCAAGGCGAGCGGGAGUUCCACAAUGAGCUCUCCAUAGCUCUGAACCUCACCAAUCCUCAUAUUCUCUCUCUUCUCGGCUUCUCCACCGACCGCCGCGGCCGGAAGCUGCUGCUGGUGUAUGAGCUCAUGCCUAAUAGAAGCCUCCAGGAGGCGCUGUUGGAUCGGAAGUGCCCGGAGCUUAUGGUUUGGAACAAGAGGUUCAGUGUUGUGCUUGAUGUGGCUCGUGGGCUCGAGUAUUUGCACCAUGUUUGUGACCCGCCGGUGAUUCAUGGCGAUGUCAAGCCUAGCAAUGUGCUGCUGGACUCGGAUUUCAAUGCAAAGAUUGGGGAUUUUGGGUUGGCGAGGUUGAAAACGGAGUCGGAAGAGCAGGGGGAGCACGGCGGAGUUGUGGCGGUGGAGGAAGGGCAAGAGGAGGAGGAGAAAGAGAGCAGGGGAAGGGAGAAGAGGGAUGGGGAUGAUAAUGGGUCGAUUUUGGAAGAGGAGAGUGUGAGUUUGAGUGUUGUGACUGGCGGGCUUGAAGAGGGCCAGUCGCCGGAGUGUUCUCUGGUGAGGAUUGGGGAUUCCGACGCUGCAGCGACGUCGCCGGAAGGGGGUUUUGACAAGGUGAGUGUAGAGAGUGAGAUGGAUUUGGGUUUGGGGAAGAGGGUUAAGGGAAGUUCAGGGAGGGACUGGUGGUGGAAACAGGACAAUGGAGGCGGAUUGGGGUCUGAGUCCGGGAGAGUCAAGGACUAUGUGAUGGAAUGGAUUGGGAGUGAAAUAAAAAAGGAGAGGCCAAAGAGCGAAUGGGUUGCGUCACCGAGCACAAGUGGUGUCAAUGCCGAGCCAAAGAAGAAGGGAUUCGAUUGGUGGAUGUCAUCGGAUGAGGAGAGGGGUAAGAAGAAGAAGGAGAAGAAUCGGAAGCCGAGGGAGUGGUGGAAGGAGGAGUUUUGUGACGAGCUCACCAAGAAAAAGAAGAAGAAGAAGAAGAGGGCUUUCGAUGCGGCUAGUGGUGGUGGAGAGUUGUGGUGGCAAAAGGAUGAGGAUUUGGGGCAAGAGAAGAAGAAGAGGAAAAGCAAGAGCAAGAGCAGCAGAGGGAGUAUUGAUUGGUGGUUGGAUGGAAUGGGUGGUGAUGUUAGAAGUGGGAGGAGGAAUAGUCAAGAUUGGGGCAGUACUUGCGGUGGUGAUGUACCAAAAAGUGGUGGUAUUAGUAGCACACCAAGCAUGAGAGGCACAGUUUGUUAUGUUGCCCCUGAAUAUGGCGGUGGUGGGCAGCUCUCCGAGAAAUGUGAUGUCUAUAGCUUUGGAGUCUUGGUUUUGGUCUUGAUUUCUGGUAGGAGGCCGCUGCAAGUCACGGCCUCCCCAAUGUCAGAAUUCGAAAGGGCCAAUCUGAUUUCGUGGGCUAGGCAGCUUGGUCGAAAUGGGAAGCUUUUGGAUCUCGUAGACCAAUCCAUACACUCUUUAGACAAGGAAGAGGCUUUGCUAUGCAUCACAAUUGCAUUGCUAUGUCUGCAGAGAACACCGGGCAAGCGGCCAACCAUGAGGGAGAUUGUGGGGAUGCUUCUGGGCCAAUCAGAGCCGCCGCAUUUGCCCUUCGAAUUUUCACCUUCGCCGCCUUCCAAUUUUCCGUUCAAGUCCCGGAAAAAGGCCCGGUGAGUUUAUCCUAUUUUGUUAACUGUAGAGUGUACUUUUGUAGGCCCUCUUUCUAAUUAUCUUGUUGUGUAAAAAAUUCAUGCUUAAAAGGAAAGAAAAGUUGCAUCACUCUCGUAA